GUUCUAUGGAUCAGAGUGAGAUGGAGAGGGGAGAUGAGAUUGUGAUGCCUGGUUUCAGGUUUCACCCGACUGAUGAGGAACUGGUGGGGUUCUACUUGAAGAGAAAGAUUCAGCAGAAAUCUCUACCUAUUGAACUCAUCAGACAACUUGACAUCUACAAGUAUGAUCCAUGGGAUCUUCCAAAGUUGGCAACGACGGGGGAGAAGGAAUGGUACUUCUACUGCCCGCGGGACCGCAAGUACAAGAACAGCGCCCGGCCCAACAGAGUGACGGGGGCCGGAUUUUGGAAGGCCACCGGCACCGACCGGCCUAUCUACUCGUCGGAGGGAACCCGAUGCAUCGGCCUCAAGAAAUCCCUUGUUUUCUACCGCGGCAGGGCCGCCAAGGGGGUCAAGACCGACUGGAUGAUGCACGAGUUCCGGCUGCCGGCGCUCCUCUGCGCGUCGCCGUCGCCGUCGCCCAGGAGGCCCUCCGAGAAGCACGUACCCGUCAAUGAGGCGUGGGCGAUUUGUAAGAUCUUCAAGAAGAGCAAUUCCAUGGCACAGAGAGCGCUCGCGCAUCCCUGGAUGCCCCUGGUCGCCGCCGAGCCUCACGGAGAAGACCUGUUCUCGAUCUCAAAGAUGCCUUCUUGCCCUGCGGAAUCCGGCUCCGCCAUUCAAUUUGCUUGGAACAAGCAGCAGCAGGUGCAGCAGCAGCAGCAGGAGAGUUCCAUGGGCUACCAUCUUGAUUUUGAAUCCAUUUCCUACAAGCACAGCAAUCUCAUCAACUUCACCCCAUCUCCUCUUCCUAUUUCAAGUGCAGAAAUCACAGCCCCCAACUUCCUCUUCUCCUCGGAAGAAAUCCAAUCACCAGCCUUGAUAAACUUGGACUCAGGCCACCACCAGCAUCUGCAUCAGCACAGCCAAACCUCAGUGGAUUUGCCCAUGAAGUUCACUCCAAGUUUAGAAGCUGCAGAAUCCAUUUGCAAUCUCAGCGGCAUCGAGUGUGGAGGAGAAGCGAAAGGUCUCAGCUUUCCUUUCAGCCUGCCGCCGAACGUUGACAGUGAGUGGAAGCCUAGUUCGGCAUGGGAGUACGCUUCUCCUCCAUCGUAUUCCUCUGAGAUUUCUCCAGAUAAUUUUCCAUCUCCAAACAAUUAUCCAUGAGUAAAUAUAGAAAAUAUUGAAAAGGCAGCGUCAUCUGUUAGCAUUCCUGUUAACGAUUGCCCAUGAUCGUUGUACAGUGUAAAUGUAGCAAAUGCAUGUUAACAGCAAAGCUAACAGAGCAGGAAGGCAUCACAUGUAUUCGUAUAUCGUGUAUUGAUUAACCAGUGAAAUAUUUACGUAAAAUAAAAUUCACGUAUUGCUUAUUCUGAAUUGUUUCAUUGCAACCUAUACACAGUUAUAACAAAGUUUAGGCCACUUCUCCA